UUAGGCGAGGAUCGCUGCGCGCUGCGAUCCAGUCCUCAGAACAGUGCGGCUGGCUCAGCGGUUUGGAUCGUUUCGCUAUCGUUGGUCGUGGUCGCGUGUCCGAGAUUCUUAGAAUUCACAGAGAAUGGCAGCCAUCAGUAAAUAUUGGAACGAAAUCAUACAUCCGGGGGUGACCUGUGCCACUCUGUCACAUCCCGGUAGAACCUGUGAGGACCAUAUCCGCCGACAGAUGCGUGUCACCAUCGGUGGCAAUCUGAAGUUCUUCUUGCCGAUAUCAAUCGUUCGGUUGUUCAUGCUGUGCUACACGCGGAAGGCAGUGUCGGUUGAAAUUUUGCUGCAGGCCCUAUUCGAGCUGUUCAGUGAAGCCUUCAAUGGGUGGGCAGUGUCUAAUUGCUGGAGUGCCGGGUUCUGUGCCAUGUAUCGCUGGUUCGGCUUCAUCAACAACUACUCAGUGUCACUGCCGAGCUCGCCGGGAACCCUGUUGAUGUUCCUAAUGCCGGCUUACGUCAAGAUGAGCCACUCGCGGGCGAUGUUCAAUGUGUUUUUAGAGUGCUGGAUGAAAUCGAGAGAGCAUCCGCUGGUGGAAUAUGCACGGGAAUCGAGACUAGUCGGAACAGUGUCGUUCAUGGCCAUUAGUGCCGCUAUUGGAUAUUUUGCACAGCGGACCAAGGCCAUGGAAUUCUGGUUUUUCUCACCACUGAAGAAAAAUCUCAACCCAGAAUCGGAACAGCACCACAAGCCCUGCCACCAUCGUCACACCUGCCAAAGCUACAUCUUCGACGGUAUGCGGACAUGUUUCACAUUUGGCCUGCUGCUGGAAUUGGUCCGGAAAUUGAUCAACGUCGCUCCCCGAAUCAGCAGUGAACCUGCCGCCGCCAUUUUGGAAGCGUUUUCUCGCAUCCGGUUGAGGUUCGUCGCCUUCCUUACGCUGUACAAUGGACUGUUCCGACUGACAACCUGUGCGUUGGCCCGCCACAGGCGGAAGGUAACCGAGAGUGACAGCACCGUGGCGGCCUGCAUAAGUGGUCUAAGUUACGCUCUGUCACCAAACUACAAUAUCUUCAAUCUGGGUGUAGCCGCUGCCAUACAGAACGCUUGGAAUUUUAUAACCGAGAAAUACGACAAAGUGCAGUGGAUCCAGCAGGUGAAUAAACUUUCGUUCAGUUCGAUCGUGUGGGUGUUUCUUAUGAACUACAACAUGUACGCUCGGGCGUACUACCCAUACGCGAUGUCGAAGUUUGCCUUGAAGUUCACCGAUAUUUGCUCCGGCUUACAAGCACAAACUGCCGCCGAAUGUCUUGGAAAAGUUGCAAUGGGGUUCAGCUGAGCUAAUGCAGUUUCGAAUUUAGAUUUUAUUUCCAAUUAUUGUUAAUGGUUAUUUGCGGUUGUGAUAGUUUAUAAGUGGGUUAUGAAUAAUAAUUAAAAACUU